AUCACUAUCUCUAUAAAUAUAUAUAUAUGUCCCAAAUCAUAUUCUUAUUUACUACAUUCUACGCCGAACACGUGUGCAUCACCAUUGCAAUUAUCUUGAUUCUUGGCAUAUCUCUAACCAAACUGAAGUACUGGAGUAAUAAGGAUCAACGAGAAUGGUGUGUUUCUGUUUCUUGGUUGACCAGAGGAGGAAGAUAAAAGGAAGUAAACCGGCGGCGGGAAUGUGUUCCCGGUGCGGCCGUGGAGCAAAAGUAGCCGACAUGAAGACUUCGACGAGGUUCUGUCUGAUACCUGUUUAUUGUCGAUCUCGGAGAGCCAUCGUCUGCACCUUUUGCGGCUCUGUUCUUAAAUCCUACCGUUGAGAUUUUUUUUUUUACAUGGUUUUUUAUACCUCCUUUCUAAAUAUCUUAGUGUUCUGAUUUUGAAACCCUCUUUGUAAAGUUCCCAAACUUUUGUAUAAUAUUAACCAGUAAACAAAACAAAACAAAACAAAACAAAAGUUUUCUGAGUUUAA